AUGGCUGCAGCCGACGUAACGUACGCUGAUGUGAAGUUCACCAGACAGAGAACCAAAGUUGAGGAUCCAGCAGCUGAUGUUGUUUAUUCUGACAUCAUGAUGAAAAGAACAAAACAUCCAGUCUGUCCAAAGUGUGCCAUAGAUGCUCAACAGGCUGGACAGGGCAUAAGGUCAAAGGUCACCACAGAGCAAAUGGUCCUACUGGUUCUCAUUGGCAUCUUGGUAGUUACCAUCAUCGCCCUGGCAGCCAAAAUAAAUUCCAGACCAAAAAUGAACACUGCAAGUUCUACACCAACAUGUCCUCCACCUCCAACAUGUCCUCCACCUCCUGCAGUAAAAAGGGAAACAUUUCUGAAGUGUGAAGCAGGAUGGGAGAAACAUGGAGGAAACUGUUAUUAUUUUAACAUCAAUAAAUCCUCCUGGACUGACAGCAGACGUUCCUGCGCUGAUCUGGGAUCAGACCUGGUGAAGAUCGACAGCAGAGAGGAGCAGGUGUUUCUGGAGGAGAGAGUGAAAAACUUGAUGAAGGGUGAUCAGGACAGGUUCUGGAUUGGACUGACGGACUCGAUGGAAGAAGGAAAAUGGUUCUGGGUGGACGGAUCUCCUCUGCAUAAAAGUUUGAGUUUCUGGAAUCAAUCCCAACCUGACAACAGGAGUCCUGAUCGUUCAGCUGAAGAUAAAGCUAAAGCUGGAGCUGGAGCUAAAGCUAAAGUUGAAGCUGACUGUGUGAGGAUGGGAAAGAAAGGAAAACCUGAUAAUCUGAAGUCCUGGUUUGAUACAUCCUGUAAUUAUCCUCAGAAAAGUAUCUGUGAGAAAACAGCUGGACUCAGUUCAUGUGUGUCUGAAGUUUAA